CGGCGGGCUGGGGAUCGCGCCGGGCCGGCGGGCGGUGAGUGGGAGCGGCUGCUCUUCCUCCGGGCACGGCGCGGGGAGCGCGGCGCGGCCGCAGCUGCUCAGGGGGAUGCGGCACCGCUCCCUGCAGCGGGCUGUCCCCAGCCGGGGAGCCGGCCUGCGGCGGAGCUCCUGAACAGAUAAUGUUAGGCCCGUGAGGCCGCUCGCGCGCAGCUCGAUGCCCGUAGGAAAGGCAGUGCCUCACCGCUUGAUUCAGAACAGCCCGAGAGGCCUUUUCGGUUGCAGUGUCUAUUUUGUACGUAAAAAGCGGUAGUUGGCCGCUGGGUUUAAGCAGGAGGUGUGUUACCCUGCCCGAGUGUGGGAACAUAGCAAGAAAAGAAUCAUUUUGGCCACGUGCAAGACUCAUGAAAUUCUAAAUCCACAUUGAAACAAUUAAAUGUCGUAAUUUUUAAGGUUUCCCUAGAAGUGCUUCCUACCCCCACUGGCUGAAUACUUUUAAAAAUUUAGGUAAGCCAUGCCUGUUUCAGCUGAUGAAACUGUGGAGAACCUGGCUAUGAGAGAUACAGUCCUUACUCCAGCUGGAAUUGAAGGAUUACAAGAAUCGUCAUCUCCACAGAAUGUAAAAGCUCGACAAGUCAUAUCAAGAAUCAGUCGAGAGGAACUGGAAGACAGAUUUCUUCGUCUCCGUGAUGACCACAUCCUACUCAAACAGUAUGCCAAUAAGCAGGAGGAGAAAAUUAAAAGCCCAAAUUGGUUUUCCUCUGCGCUGCCAGUUCGCCUCUUUCCAUCUCUUCAGCCGUCCCCAUAGAGCAUUGGCUACCAUCCAAGAAUCGGUAUACAAAUAGAGCCUUGGCCACUUCUCUCUCUCGGCAAUACCGUGGGCCAGUUGAAUAGCUUUAAUCUCGGCAAAUUGACUGGAUUCACCCUCUCCUUCAGUAGCCUCUGCAACCUGUCGAGUGGGACUCCAUACAGCUGCUCUCCACCUCCGUUUCAUCCCUAUGACACGACAAGAACCAUCAGUGAAUAGAGCAUAAUGUGUUUCUUCU